AUGGUUGCAUUACGAUUACCCUAUGAAGAAAUGAUUAAACGGCCAUACUUUCAUGUAAAACCUUUAGAAAGAUCUCAAAUUAGAAACUGGAAAGAAUAUUUAGAAUUUGAAAUUGGCCAUGAAUUUUGGACUAAGUAUGUAAGUUAUUUAGAGAGUCUUGAAUCCGAUGACCAAGAAGUUAAAAACCGUAUAGAGGACAUAUACAUUAGAGCGUGCACUGUUCACCAUAAGAAUAAGCCUGGGAUUAACUUAACUUGGGCUCUACAUUUAGAAAAUAAUGGACAAUAUGAUAAGGCUGCUCAAAUUCUAGAUAUGUUAGACAGUGUGUCCCCAGACAAAAAGUUAAUAAUCCAAAGAAGGAUUAAUUUGGAAAGACGAAGAAAUUGUAAUGAUAGAGUAUGCGAGUUAUAUGAACAUUACAUAAGUACAGCAAACUCUUCAUUAACUUCUAUUUUAUUGACAAUUAAAUAUUCUCGAUUUGUUUGGAAAAUGUUACACAAUACUGAUCGAGCUUCUGAAAUUUUGUUGGCUGAAGUAGAAAAAAUAAAUAAUGUUCAAAAAAGUAGUCGUCUGCUGUUACAAUUAAUUGAAAUCAAAAUGAGCGACAAUCCUAUGAACAUUUCUGCUGUAGUCAAACUGAUUGAUAGCAUCUUAACCAUGAAGUCAAUUGAAGUUGAACAACAAGUUAUUUUUGCUCAACGCAAAGUUGAAUUCCUAGAAGAAUUUGGCAAGGACAUACUUUUGUAA